AUGUAUGAUCCAAUCAUCAAACAGCAUGGAUACCUAGAAUUCAGAAGUAUUUAUGCAAAUUAUAUAGAUUUAUAUAAUGCAUUAUAUCAGUUAAAAACCGAAAAUGAAGAAGAAUUGAACCUUUUUUACAAUAUGAUCAAAUCAAACUUGAUUAAUUCAAAGAAAUAUGAUCCUCAAAAUAUUAUAGGAGAUAUUUUAAAUAUAGUUCCAUAUAAUUACCUCUAUUCAAAGUCAUAUUUGAAACUUGCAAAACUCAUUUCUGAUGAAUAUCAUGUAAAAGAGGUUAGAGGUAUUAAAAUUAUUUCCAACUACAUUUUUUAUAAAGAAUAUGGAAUUAAAUUAGAUAUAACUGAUGAUUUUGAAAUUUUGGAUUUAAAAAAUACAGAUAUUCAUGAUGAAAAUACAAUUUACAGAGCAAUUAUGCACGAUGAUAAAGAAGGUUUCAUUUCAUUUAUUGAAAGAGAUGAAUUUGAUGAAGAUCAAAAACUUGAAAGUGAAAUAUAUCUAGAUCCUAUCACUUUUUCGUUACUAGAAUUAUGUUGCUACCACGGAGCAGUUCAUUGUUUCAAGUUAUUAAGAACAAAAUUUGAUUCAGAAAUAACUCAAGCAUGUUUACAAUUUUCAUUUUUAGGAAGAAAUCAAGAGAUCAUUAGUGAAUGUUUGAAAUAUCAAAAACCAGAUCAUGAAUGCAUGAAGUAUGCAAUUAUUUCACACAACAUUGAUUUUGUUACAUUCUUGAUGAAUGAGUAUAAUUUAGAUAUCAGUUUAUAUUAUUGCGGAUUAUAUAAUAAUCUUGAAUCAUUUUUAAUAUAUUUGGAUCAAACAAAUGAUAUUCACAAAUGUUUUGUUUAUUCUGCAAUGUUUAAUAUUCCAUCUCUUUGCAAAUAUUUUAUUUUCCUUGGUGCAAAUAUUAAUGACAAAGUUGAUACAGAAAAAACAGCUCUUCAUUUUGCUGGAUUAAAAAAUAACAAAGAAAUAGUUGAACUACUUCUUUCACAUGGUGCAAAUGUAAAUGUCAAAGAUAUGUAUGGAGAAACAGUUCUUAAUAUUGCAACACGUAAGAAUAGUAAAGAAAUAGUUGAACUUCUCCUUUCACAUGGCGCAAAUAUCAAUGAAAAAUAUGGAUACGGAGAAACAGUUCUUCACAGGGCAGUAUAUAAUAAUUGUAAAGAAACAAUUGAACUCCUUCUUUCACACGGAGCAAAUAUCAAUGAAAAAGAAUGUCAUGGAUUAACAGCUCUUCAUAACGCAACAAUGACUAAAAAUAAAGAAAUGGUUGAGUUACUUCUUUCACACAGACCAAAUAUCAACGAAAAAGAUAAAACUGGAGAUACUGCUCUUCAUUUUGCAGCAGCACGUGAUUUUAAAGAAAUAGCAGAGAUUCUUCUUUCAAACGGUGCAUAUAUCAAAGAAAAAAAUUAUAGAGGAAAAACUGCUCUUGAUUACGCGGAAGAAAAUAAUAGUAAAGAAACCAGAAAACUUCUUCUAUCUCUUGGUGCAAAUAUUAAUUCUUGA